GGUCACAGACUGGAGUGUUUCUGUCUGUGUGUGUGGGGGGGGGUGGGAGUGAAGCACAGUCAGUCAGUCAGAGAGCUGCUCAGGUGAACAGUACCAGGGCAGGUAGAACGCGUCACUCCCACAGAAACUUCUGGAAAAAAAAAGGUCACCUCACCGUGGUCCGUUGGAAAAUCACCCCACCUCGAGUUGUGACCAUUGUUACCAUGCCAACUGUAAUAGCAGAGGCCUUUAAAAAUAUCAGCACGAGCCCAGGCCUGCAAAUAUGGACCAUCGAGAAAAUGGAGGUGGUCCCUGUUCCUCCAAAGGCUUAUGGGAGUUUUUUUGAAGGCGAUUGUUACCUGAUACUGUUUAUUCGUGAGACAGAGAGAGGGACGUCCAAAGCCCUCCAUUACUGGAUUGGGAAGGAGUCAACCCAGGAUGAGCAAGGAGCUGCUGCAAUGUACAUCACCCAACUGGAUGAUCACCUUGGUGGAGGACCUACCCAGUACCGGGAAACACAGGGUUAUGAGUCUCCAGAGUUCAAAAGUUACUUCAAGAAUGGUAUCGUAUACAAGAAAGGAGGCGUAGCCUCUGGCUUCAAACACGUAGAGACGAACAUGUAUAACAUCAAGCGGCUACUCCAUGUCAAGGGGAAGAAGAACGUAACUGCGUCAGAGGUGGAUGUAUCCUGGAACAGUUUCAACUCUGGUGAUGUUUUCCUCUUGGAUUUGGGAAAGGUCAUUGUCCAGUGGAAUGCGCCACGUAGUAAUAGGACUGAGAGGUUGAAGGCCCUGUUGCUUGCCCAAAGUAUCAGAGAUCAAGAGCGUGGAGGACGAGCUCAGAUUGGCAUCAUCGAUGGAGACGAGGAAGAUCAAUAUCCCGAGCUGAAAAAGAUAAUGACGGCCGUACUUGGAGAACGGAGAGGGGAGUUGAAGGAUCCUGCCCCUGAUGAGAGGGCUGACCAGCUCCAGAAAGCCAAUAUCAGGCUUUACCAUGUUUCAGAUGCUACAGGAAGUUUGAUGGUACAGGAAGUGGCCACACGGCCUCUGACUCAGGAUCUCCUGAAACAUGAGGAUUGCUACAUUCUGGAUCAAGGCAGUUCCACUAUCUUUGUUUGGAAAGGGAAGGAGGCCAAUACAAAUGAGAAACGGUCAGGAAUGAACAGGGCCCUGGGAUUCAUAAAAGCCAAGAAUUAUCCACCCAGUACUAAUGUGGUGGUGCUCAAUGACGGUGCUGAAUCAGCCAUAUUCAAACAGCUCUUCAAGAAAUGGAAUGUCAAAGGGCAAACUCAAGGCUUGGGCAAGACAUAUACAGUAGGCAAGAUUGCUAAAGUGGAACAGACCAAGUUCGAUGUGACUACGUUGCAUGCCAGACCAGAUCUUGCAGCUCAAUAUAGGAUGGUGGAUGAUGCCUCCGGGAAAGUGGAUGUAUGGAGAAUUGAAGGUAAUGAACCUGUUCCAGUGGAUCCCAAAACCUAUGGCCAGUUCUAUGGGGGAGACUGCUACUUGGUGCUGUACACAUACAUGAGAAACAACAAGUCCGCUUAUAUUAUCUACAUGUGGCAGGGAUUGCACGCUAGCCGGGACGAGAUCACUGCUUCUGCCUAUCAAGCUGUCAACUUGGACAACAGAUACAAUGGUGAGGCAGUUCAGGUGCGAGUGGUCAUGGGCAAGGAGCCUCAACAUUUCCUGGCCAUCUUUAAAGGAAAACUCAUCAUUUACCAGGGUGGAACCGGGCGUGAAGGGAUGAAGGAAGAACCGCCAAUCCGACUCUUUCAGGUCCGUGGCACAAACGAAGUGAACACCAAAGCUACCGAGGUGCCUGCCCGCACUUCCUCGCUCAACUCCAACGACAUUUUUGUCCUGAAGACAGAGCAGACCACCUACAUGUGGUGUGGAAAGGGCUGCAGUGGCGAUGAGCGUGAGAUGGCCAAGACGGUGGCUAACAAUCUGUCAAAGCGAGAGAAGCAGACUGUUCUGGAGGCUCAGGAACCUCCAGAUUUCUGGGCAGCACUGGGAGGGAGAGGGCGUUACGUAAGUGACAAAAGGUUUCAAGAAGAAAAAUGUGAUUAUGACCCUCGCCUCUUUGAAUGCUCCAAUCAGACUGGGCGAUUCAUCAUGUCUGAAAUUUAUGACUUCACUCAAGAGGACCUUGAUGAAGAUGACGUCAUGUUGUUGGACACAUGGGAAGAGCUGUUCUUGUGGAUCGGCCAGUCAGCCAACGAAUAUGAGAAGAAACAGGCUGAGAUGAUAGCACUAGAGUACCUUCAGACCCACCCAGCUGAUCGGGACCUGGGUACAUCCAUCAUCACUGUGAAGCAAGGCUGUGAACCCCUGACCUUUACUGGGUGGUUCAAUGCCUGGGAUUCGCAUAAAUGGAGUACUGGCAAUGGAAGUCCCUAUGAUCAGAUGAGACAUAACCUGGGAGAUGUCUCGGGGAUCAGUCAGAUCUCUGUGGACCUCAAUGACAUGGAUCUGAACAAAAAAGGAGGCCACAGUCCUGCGCCAUCUUCAGCUUUCUCCCAUCCCUCGGCCUCGGCAUCGUCACCUUUUGCCACCCAAACGUCUGGAGGUGCCAGAGCAGCUCCUCCUGCCACAUCCUCUGGACCCACCAUUGUCAAUGGGAAGGAAUAUUUCCCACCGGAGUUACUGAUGAACAAAGCAGCAGAUGAGCUGCCCAAGGGUGUGGACGCUGACAAGAGAGAGCAAUACUUGUCUGACACAGACUUUAUGGAUGUUUUUGGAAUGACACGGGACCAGUUUCAAGAGUGCCCUUCCUGGAAACAGAAGGUCCUGAAGAAACAGAAGAACCUUUUCUGAACGGUUUCCGACUUCUCUGUCUGGGCUCCGCAACAUCUUCGGUUUUAAUCGACAAGAUUGUAAUGUCUCUGUCAACUGGGGCUGGAAGUAGAAAAUAGAAGUCAGAUAUACAUAUAUUUUUUCUUUUUUUUUGUUUUGCAAAUUUUAAGUUCUUUGUGCAAUGCCGCAGAUUCUAAAAGGUCAAUAAUAUAAUAGUCUACAUUUUAUUGAAAGAGUUUCCCAGGAUGCUCCAAAAUCAAGGAAAAGAAACCGUCCAAGGAGAGAUUAGUGAGACAGUUUGCUGCUGCAAGUUCCCAGAUCCACUUCACUGAUCCUGGGAAGACUUUAUUUGCCAAAUCUCUCAGCAUUAAAGCUGCCUCUGGUUGCUAUAUGUGCCAUUGCUCCAGAUUGAUCACCACCAAAUACUGAGGCAAAUGGGCUGAGGUCAGGCAAUGGGAGGAGAGGCAGUGGAGGAGUGAGGGCAGCAUGAGGGAAUGGGUGGUUGGGAAAAUUGUUAUUAAGGGAGGGAUCACACUCCAAGCUAUUAUCAAGUACCGCCCAAUGACAGUGCAAGCAUGUGCAGGUCAUAGAGACUCCAUCCAGUUCAGGCGCGUUGACCUGUGGUGUCAUGUGUGACAUCCCAGGCUCUGAACCAGAGUCUCCAGGCUCGAGUCCCAGCCCAACACGUGAUGGCCACGGAAAGUGCGUUCAUAAUGGGGCCAAACACUUUGAGUAUUAACAUAUAAAUCCUUCCAACACCUGCCAAUAGCAGGUAGUAAGAAUGGUGAGAUUCCUGGUCAGUCAAGUGAUGGAGAAAAUGUCGGAUCUUCCACUGCUCCUGUCUGCAGCUCCAAGAUGACAGCAUUAUUGUAAAUGUAAAUGUUGCCUCCCAGCCCAGGCUCCCGUAAAUGAGCUGUCAUGCACCACCAACACCACUUGUUCAAAUAGGCAGCUUGGCAUUCAAGUCAUGUGUAUGGUGAAUGGCCACUGGUGUGGGAGGCACCAGAAGGGUGAUCAUCAUUGUGCCAACCACCUUUUGGAGUCAGCAACAAAUCAGUGUCAUGAGAAAAAAAUAAAGUGUGAAAUGCAGGAUACAGGAAACAGCAAAAUAAUCUAGCAGGAGAGAUGGCAACAUGAUGAGGGCUUCCUGUGAGCAGUCAACCUAGUUCCCCAUGGGCCAUUAGUCUAUAAAUAACCCCAAUAGCAACACACAUGUGGCAAUAUCCAAUGCCACUGCUUUCACUGUUUGCGACAUUUCCUUUGAGUUUAUAUUUCUUCUCUUUAAUUUUGAAACUGUAUUUCAGAAGAUUGAGUAGAACGUGUAAACUUCUCUAGUUUGGGCAAGGACUGGGGUGUCAAGUUUCCAGGUUGGAUUAAGGAGUGGCAGAGUGGGGUGUUAGAGGUGCAUGGAGAAGGAGAAAUGGUCACCAUGUGUCCAUCCAUUUCAGGGCAUAGAGUCCUCUCCUAUCCAAGGGAAGACCAGGGCAAUGGGGUCUGCUGGGCACCAUCAGGUCUGAUAGAUCCAGAUACUCUCAUUGAAUUGUGAAAGAAAAUUAAGGGGUACCCAACCAAACCACGCAAGAUAAUAACUUGGAAAUUCAGAGGAAUCUCAGUUAUCCGAACGAGAUGGGGGGUGGGGCAAUAUUUCAUCUGGAUAAUUGAUUAUUCGGUUAAUUGAUUCAAUGCCUCU